AUGGCUGAUGAGGAAAGCAGACCUCUGCUCCACGUGAAUACCAUGUCCCCGUCAUCUAACCAACCUCAUUCUCCCGGCGUCUCAUCUUCUUCCCCAGUAGCUCAGCCGGAUCGAUCAUUUGAGCUGUCGUCGGAGUCGACACCCCUGUUAGCCCGUCGGGAUGCUGAUGGACUUGUCGCAUAUGGAACGGAGCCAGAGGCCGCAUCGGAGCUAUCAGCACAGUCUGAGACCUCUACCUUUCACAGCUACUAUAAAGAAUUAGGAAGCAGGAUCCGGUGGCCGAUCAUCUGCGCUCUUGUCACACUCUCUGCGAUCAUCUCCAUACUUGUGUUCGCCUUUUUUGCACCCGCUGCUGUCAAGGAGUAUGCCAAGGAAGCCGCAGUGUUCCAUCCUACGGAAAUCUCCAUUGAUUCGGCUACGGCGGACGGACUUCGGACCAGAGUUCAGGGUGAAUUCGUGCUAGACGCGAAUCGCGUACAGAAGCAACCAGUGCGGACCCUGGGUCGCCUCGUCACAUGGAUUGGCAGGGAGGUUGAAACAGGUCAAUCGGAAGUGCAGGUUUACCUUCCAGAAUAUGGCAAUAUCCUUGUUGGAACAGCAUAUAUACCUUCCAUCAAAUUCAACAUUCGAAAUGGCCACACGAAUAACGUCGACUUUUUGGCGGACUUGACGGCCGGCGACAUACAGGGUAUUCGGGCUGUGGCGGGCGACUGGCUAGAGGGCAGACUUGGCCAGCUCAGGGUCAAGGGACGGGCGACUGUACACCUCAAGUCUGGCUUAUUUGGUCUAGGUGAACAGACUUUGUCAGACUCGGUGACUUUUGAAGACAAGGACUUCCCUACUCUGCCGGACGUCAAAAUUUCGAGAUUGAAUGUUUAUGACGUAGACUCUCCGGAUUCGCACGGCGCGUUGGCAUUCGAUGUAUCGCUUUCUGCUCUGAUCGACUCUCCCCUGUCUUUGACUGUACCUCCACUUGGUUUUGAACUCCUUGUGCCGAAUUGUUCUCCGGGAGACCCGCAUAUCUCGGUUGCAAGUGCCGCCACGAAAGAAAUACAGAUAGUACCCGACCACAGCACCGCCUUGGACGUGGCUGGUCUAAUGCAGGGGCUCUCAGAUGAAUUAACAACGGCCUGUCCUGGGCGGAAAGACUCACCUCUCGACUUCCUUGUCAAGAGCUACAUGAACGGCCUUGAAACUACAGUUUAUGUCCGUGGAGCGGAUGAUCCGACGCUCGGAAGCCCUCCUUGGAUGGUAGAUAUCCUCAAGAGCAUAACUGUGCCAUUGCCGUUUACCGGACGCGCGUUGGAUAAUCUCAUCAAAAACUACACCAUGUCGGACGUGCACUUCAGCCUUCCCAAUCCAUUCGCCGAACCUGACUCGGAAGAAUCUCAGCCGAGGAUAUCUGCUCUAGUAAAGGUGCUCAUUGCACUGCCAGAGCAGAUUAAUCUUCGCAUAGACAUCCCACACAUCCGUGCUGAUGCCGAUGUCUUCUAUCAUGGAAAUAAGCUUGGGAUCAUGAAGAUUCCAAAGUGGCAGCCUGCUCAUGCAAGCUAUGUCAAUGACACGGAUGGCUCUCCGGCACUGUCCGUAGAGUUCGCCAUGAAAAAUGUGCCAUUACAUGUCACCGAUGAAGAUGUCUUGACUGAAAUACUCCAAUCUCUAGUCUUUGAAGGAAAGCCGAUUGAUCUCCAUGUGGUCGCGGCCGUUGAUGCCGAAGUAUCUACGGGGCUUGGCCAGUUUGCUGUCCGAGGAAUACCUGCGGAGGGGACUGUAACGGUCAACCCCCCGUAUUCCGGCUCGUUUGAUCAACUGCAGCCAAAUCUUGAGUCUUUAGAAAUCGGACGUACAACCGAAACUUCAAUGCUUGUCAGGACUAGGGUGAAUGCCACCAACCCAACCGAAUACGCGGUAUCUGUGCCGUAUACCGACUUUGUGAUGCUGUACAAUGGGACUCAAGUUGCUCAUAUCACAGCGCGUGAUGUCCUACUUGACCCCAAGGCAGAUUCUGUCAUCCAUGUUGAUUUUCUAUGGAACCCAUCUGAGGGUGGUUCGGGUGGCCUCAAUGCUGGCAGGGAAUUUCUGUCCAAAUGCGCUUCAGGAGCAAAUAUUACCGUGACAGUGCAAGGCCACGAGAGGACAAUUCCUGCACUGCCAAAGUUGGGACGAGCCUUAUCAAGGCUAAGGUUCGAGUUUCAACUCCCCAAAUUGACUAUUCCUGGAUCGCCAAAGCCACCCGGUGGUGGGGAUGGGGAGACCAAGUUCAUUCAGGAAGCCACGAUGCACCUCUUAUCAUCAACGGCUGAGUUCACACUAUUCUCGCCUCUACCCAAAACACUAAUAGAGAUUACAUCGGUAGAAGCCAAUGCAUACUACAUGGGACAAGAAGAAGUGGGUAGUAUCGACUACGCCAUCCCAUUUCAAGUGCCCCCGGGUAUUUCAACAACUCCGCGGCUACCCGUUGAGAUGAAUCUGGGCAGCAUUGGGUAUGAUGCCUUGAGACGAGCCUUGGGGGGCGCACUUGAACUUGAUGCAGUGGCUACGGUUUGCAUUAGGGUUGGACAAUAUAAGGCAAUCAUUGAUUACCAGGGUAAUGGGCUCCGUGCCAAUGUCAAGCUCUAA